AUGCGGGAAGUAGUGACUCUUCAGUUUGGCAGCUACGCCAACUUCGUCGGCGCUCACUUCUGGAACCUGCAGGAUGAGGCGGUGGGGCGCCAGGGCGAGGGGGGCGCGGAGCAGGCGGGGGCGGGCGUGGAGGAGAGCGUGGUGAUGCAGUGGCGGGAGACGCCAGGGCCUGCCUCCACGCCAUACUGCACGCCUCGCCUGCUCGCCAUCGACUAUAAAGGCUGCCUUGGCCCCGUGUCCCUCGAAUCGCCACUGGGGGGCGUCGCCCCUGCACCUUCUGCCCUGCCCACAUGGUCUGGCCCCUCCCAUGUCUCAUCGGCCGCGCCUCUCCCCCUCAACCCCUUCCUGCGCCGCCUGCUGCACCCGCCCCCACCCACCGCUCACACCGCCUCCUCCGUGCCUGGCUCCCAGGCCAGGGGGGAGGAACGCCACGAGGCCGCAGGCAGGUACGGUGAGGGGGAGGCAGCAGAGGAGGCGGAAGGGGAGGCGGAAGGGGGGGAAGAGGAGGAGGCGGAGGUGGUGCGGGGGUUGGAGUGCGGAGUGGGGUACUGGACGGAGUACCUCAAGGCGCACGUGCGCCCUGCCACUGUGCUGCAGCUGUCGGGCGGGUGGUGGCAGGGCGCUCUCUCCCCCCUGGACGCGGGGGGUUAUGGCAACUGGCGCGAGGUGGGGGGCGGGCGGGAGGGCGAGGAGGAGGUGGAGGAGGGGGUGAGGCGGGUGGUGGAGGAGUGUGACGCGCUGCAGGGCUUCUCCCUGCUGCUGCACGCCGCCUCGCCCUUUGCAUCCCUCGCCACACGCACAGCCCUGCACCUGGCUGCGGAGUUCCCAAGGGCGCCCAAGCUGCUCUUCUCCCUGCGCCCCCCCGACGCCCUCCUCCCACCCGCCACUCCCGCCCCCGGCCCCCACGCCCUGCCCGGCACGCCCUCCCUGCACCACCUCUCCUCUGCCGUCUCCCUCGCCUCGCUGCUGCCACUCACCUCCCUCAUUCUGCCCCUCGGCCUGCCCUCCCUCUCUGGUACGUACCCCUGCUGCCCUGCUGCCAUGCCGGUUAGCUUGUGUCUGCUGAGCGCUGCUGCUGCUCGCACUUAUUCCCGCACGCAUAAGUCAAUCCCCCCCCCAACACUUGCUCCGCACUCACAUGCUGUACUUUCUGUGUGA